AAGAGACCCGGAAAACGGAAGCUCCGUAUUAAUUUGGGCAAGCUAACAACAAAGCUAACGUCAUAAUGCGUAGUCGCAUCUUGAAAGCACAGCAAAAACAAAACUUUCAUUUCUAAUCGACACAGCUUUGCUGGAAAUCCUGCACACGCAGUAUAAACAGCCUCACCUCUGACAAAAUGUCGUUUAAUCGGGAACGACCCUGGACAUUCAUUGUGGCCGCAUUUGUGAUCUUCUUUCUGCUGGAUGCUGUUGAGGCGAAGAAUUUUGAGGAUGUUCGAUGCAAGUGUAUCUGCCCUCCAUACAGAAACAUCACUGGCCAUAUAUACAACCGAAAUGUCUCCCAGAAGGAUUGUAACUGCCUUCAUGUUGUGGAACCCAUGCCGGUGCCAGGCCAUGAUGUUGAGGCAUACUGUCUGUUGUGCGAAUGCAAGUAUGAGGAACGAAGCAGCAACACGAUCAAGGUGACCAUCAUCAUUUACCUGUCUGUUGUGGGUGCACUGCUGCUCUACAUGCUGUUUCUGCUACUGGUCGAUCCUCUCAUCCGCAAACAUGACUCUUACACCCAGCCACUGCACAACGAGGAGGACUCUGAGGAGAUGCGUCAGCAGGUGGACAGCAGUCAGGCGAGAGGAAACACCGUGCUGGAGCGGGUCGAAGGAGCACAGCAACGCUGGAAAAAGCAGGUCCAGGAACAACGCAAGACUGUUUUUGACCGACAUAAGAUGCUUAGUUAAACCCUAAAGCUAACCUUGGUACAGGUUUAGAACAAGUAACCUCACCUGGCUCACAACACUGGGAGCAGCUGAACUAACUUAUUUGUAACUGAUUGUGCUGUCCCUCUGAAUCAGUUAAGCACACUGAUGUUCACCCAUGUCGACAUUUCCACUUAAGGCUAAAUUGCGGUUUGCACACUAAUAAACGACUACUAAAAUAGAAAUGUCUUUAUUGUAGAACCUUUUUUUUUAGCCAGACUGAAUAGCUUUCAAGCUUCUUUUGUGAUGCUUUUUUGUUGUUUGUUAGCAUCUUGCUAACACGCUAUUUAUUAUUAUCAUUAUUUAUAUUAAACCUUUUUUCCCUUGUAUGUUGUAAUGUUAUUGCCAAGCAUUGCGCAUUUUAUUGUUAAACAAUAUUACUAAUGAAUUUUUACAUGAGUAGUUGGACUUAUUCAGUAUUAUUUGCACUAAUAUAAUUGUAAUUGAAGGAAUGAAGGAAGGAUUUGUGAUUUUAAAGUUUUGACAUCACCUUUUACCUGGUUGCUCUUUAAAUGACAGUAAUUUAAAGCUUGUACAAUGUAACAGAUGAGAGUUAACAGUCAUUUCGGCUGAUUUUGUUAUCCAUUUUAUCACAGCAGCAUUUACAUUAUCUAAUUUGUGGUCCAGGUGAAUGGAAUACACUUUGCAAUGCAACGAGAGAGAUGGGGAGUGGGACAUUUGAUGGAGCUUUAAAUCCGUCUGACAUUCAAAAUCAGUAAAGCUGCUAAUAAUGUGUUAAAGUUGGAAAUGUCAGGCUGUAUUACAGCUCUAGUGUGCACAUUCUGCCACUGAAGCUUCCUGUUGUUGUUUUUCUUUUCAUAUGACAAAGGUACACUGACUCACUUUCCCUCAGGCACAGCGGGAACAGUUUAAUUUUAUUUGCUUUCAUGAUCACUGAAAAAAUGUUUUUGGCUAAUUUACAAAUACUUUCAUAUUGCUGCUAUAAUUGGUGUUUUGUAUUUAUGCGUCACUCCACUCUAAUUGGAUUAUUUUGCUGUGUAUGUCUACAUGUUUGGCUUGAUGUGAAAUAAUAAUAAAUACAAACACUCUCAA